UUCCAACAGUAGGAAGCUAAGAAUUAAGAUGCAUCAUGCAUAUUUGGUUCCCGCCUUUGUCUUUGAUAUUUGUGUACAUACGUAGAGUGUAGACCACUUCCACAAAAACUAGAAGUUUAAAUUUGCAAACAAACAAAGACCUUGACUGACUAAUUAAGUACACAAGUUAACUUUCAUACCUUAUUUUCCCCAUAGAAAAUAUCACUAACCAUGCAUAUUAUAUAAACCUAUAACAUCUCUUGAUAAAUUAGCCACAAAUUAAAACAACCUUAUCUUUCCCAACAUCAUGCUUACUUUCACUAACAUCUUCCUACUAUUGCUAAUAAUAUCCUCACUAAUCUUUUCAUCAAUCCAUGCUAGAAACUUAGUUUCUUCCAAUGGUGUCUUCAAGCUCGAUCUCAUUCAUCGCUAUUCACUACUUUCUCCUUAUUACAACUCUUCAUUAACGCUAAAUGAGCGCCUAAAGAAUGCACCCUUAGGCUCAAUCUCUCGUGGCCAUAACAUUCACCUCUCCACAUCGUACUAUAAUACUUCAAAUGAUGUUAAAUUAUCAGCUUUGAUCCCAAAUGGCGGGGAUUACCUCAUAAAAAUUUCGGUUGGUACGCCGCCAGUUGAAUUCAUAGCUACUGCUGAUACUGGGAGUGAUCUUAUAUGGAUCCAAUGUUCACCUUGUGACACUUGCCUCUCAAAAGAAACUCAAUCAUUCGAUCCUACAAAAUCUUCCACCUAUAAUGUAAUCCCUUGCACUUCUUCUAGUUGCAAUAACUAUAUAGAUCUUACAAGUGGUUGUGCUAAAAGUAGCAAAAUGGACUCAUCAUCGCCGUGUGUUUACUAUUCUUCCUAUGGAGAUGGAACACAAAGUAGUGGCAUCUUAGCCAUGGAAACUAUUAGCCUUCCUACUUCUGACGCUACAUCAAAGAGUCUUCCUUCCUCAGUUUUCGGGUGUGGGUUCGACAACCAAGACCAAAGAGGCGACCAAAUGGAUGGUAUUGUCGGGCUUGGCCAAGGCCCGGCUUCAUUGAUUUCGCAACUUGGUUCAAAUAUCAACUACAAGUUCUCCUACUGCUUGGCUCCCCUAUCUUCCGAGGUGACUAGCAAGCUAACCUUCGGAGCUGAUGUAACCGGGCCUGGAGUAGUGUCUACUCCUUUUAGAACUCUCGCCGGCGUCGGGUCUCCGGUGUCCGACCAACGCCUGGUACUACAACUUGUCGCUGGCCUCACCGAUGCAUAUGACAACGUUGCAUCGCUUAUCCAACAACGGGAUCCUCUGCCGCCUUCUACACCGCCCGCUCCAUGCUCACACUCGAAGAAUCCCGUAAGUCACAGCAGCUUUGUUCAUCCUCUAAUGCUCUUCUAG